AUGCCUGAGAUUAGGUCACUGAUCCUUCUCUUUGGGUUUUUUCUUCUCUGCAGGCACAUGUUGAAUGUAACCUGGGAACACAAUGACUUCUCCUUCAACAGUAACGGUUACCUGGUGAAUCCAGCCAUGAUAAUUAUCACUUUGGACAGAGAGAGACAGUGGGACAAGGUGGGGACCUUUGAGAUGGGGAUCCUGCAAAUGAGAUACCCCGUGUGGCCGCGGUACGGCUCCUACCUGGAACCGGUGUCGGAUUACAGGCAUCUCACGGUGGCCACCCUGGAGGAGAGACCCUUUGUCAUCGUGGAGGCAGUGGACCCUGUGACUGGUACAUGUGUCAGCAACACUGUACCCUGCCGACGACAGUCCAACAAGACGGAGGAAAUUGUGGGUCACACUGAGCCGUACACAAAACUGUGCUGCAAGGGCUUCUGCAUAGACAUCCUGAAGAAGCUGUCCCGCACCAUAAAGUUUUCCUAUGACCUCUACCUGGUCACCAACGGCAAGCACGGCAAGCUGGUCCGAGGCAUUUGGAACGGGAUGAUCGGAGAGGUGUUCUACAAACGGGCGGACAUGGCCAUCGGCUCGCUGACCAUAAACGAAGAGCGUUCUGAGAUUAUUGACUUCUCAGUGCCGUUUGUGGAGACAGGGAUCAGUGUGAUGGUUGCCAGAAGUAACGGGACUGUCUCACCAUCUGCCUUUUUAGAACCAUACAGUCCGGCGGUGUGGGUGAUGAUGUUCGUCAUGUGUCUGACUGUUGUGGCCAUCACAGUCUUCGUCUUUGAAUAUUGCAGUCCAGUUGGGUACAACCGCAGCCUGGUUACUGCCAAAGAUCCCGGAGGUCCCACGUUCACUAUUGGGAAGUCAGUGUGGCUGCUGUGGGGAAUCGUCUUCAACAACUCGGUCCCCAUUGAGAAUCCAAAGGGCACCACCAGUAAAAUCAUGGUCCUGGUCUGGGCUUUCUUCGCUGUCAUCUUCCUGGCUUCCUACACAGCCAACCUGGCAGCCUUCAUGAUCCAGGAGCAAUACAUCGACACUGUCUCUGGACUGAGUGACAAAAAGUUUCAAAAGCCACAGGAGCAGUACCCUCCGUUCCGCUUUGGUACGGUCCCAAAUGGCAGCACAGAGCGCAACAUAAGGAGUAACUACCCCGAAAUGCACUCCCACAUGGUCAAAUACAACCAGAAGGGAGUAGAGGAUGCCCUUAACAGCCUCAAAACCGGGAAACUGGAUGCCUUUAUCUAUGAUGCUGCUGUGCUGAAUUAUAUGGCUGGCAAAGAUGAGGGCUGCAAGCUGGUGACCAUUGGCAGUGGGAAAGUGUUUGCCACCACUGGUUAUGGCAUUGCCCUGCAGAAGGAUUCACGCUGGAAACGACCCAUCGACCUGGCCCUUCUGCAGUUCCUGGCUGAUGGCGACACACAGAAGCUGCAGACCGUUUGGCUCACAGGGAUCUGCCGUAAUGAGAAGAAAGAGGUGAUGAGCAGUAAGCUGGACAUUGACAACAUGGCAGGGGUCUUCUACAUGCUGCUUGUGGCCAUGGGCCUGAGCCUGCUGGUUUUCGCUUGGGAGCAUCUGCUCUACUGGAAACUACGACAUUCAGUCCGCAAAUCAGAGCGCCUGGACUUCCUCCUAGCUAUCAGCAGAGGCAUCUACAGCUGCUUCAAUGGAGUAGAGGAAACGGACCACAAUGGUAGCAUGCAGAGUCCGGACAUCACUACCAACUACACACAAGCCAAUAUGCUAAAGAUGCUGCAGACAGCCAAGGACAUGGUGUCCUCUGCCAGAGUGGAAAACUCUCUAGACAAUGCCACUAAAACAAUAGAGAACUGGAGCAGGCGUGGGGCUGACAAUGUGCGGGCUGGCCUGCCACCCAGAGUGACGACCACAGACAUGACCCAUGGCCGUCUUCCCUAUAUCUCCAGCAUCACAGACAACCACUCACCAUACCCUCAGAGGGCCCUCACACCCACCUUCCCAGUUCAUUAUGGGGACAACUCCACCCAGCCCCUCCUGGACAAGCCCCGGGUGGUGACCCGACCCACCCCACUCCGCUACACGCUACCGAACCGCAGCAGUCAGCAUGUCUUCGAGAGGACUCUCCCAAUCUCCAGCCUCAGCAGCCCUCAUAUCGCCAUGCGGGACCCUGCUCCCUCUGGUACUUCUAAUCCCCACCACAGCAGCAGGCUGUAUGUGGAGAACCAGGCACGGCACCCCACGUCGCCUUUUGUUCCUUACAGAGAGUUCCAGGUGCCCGAUAUCUAUGUGGAGCACAAAGGCCCACUGAGGAGGAAGUUUAGCUACCCCCCUGACUGUGUGACCCGGAGGAGGAGGUCCCAUAGUUACGUGCUUGAUGCUGCAGAGCCUAGAGUGAGAGGUGACUAUGAUGAACCUCGAUCCUGCCUGGCUGAGUUGAGGGCCAAUCACCUUUUGAACAACCAUGCCCCUGUUGCUGCUGCCAUGGCCUGCACUUCAGGACACUACCCAGGUGGCAGCACCAGCUGCAACUCCUGUAUGAAGUCCUAUCUCGAGCCUGAAAUGGAUGACAUACCACUUCUGGGGAAGGACAAACUCAACCGCCGCGCCUCAUUCCUCAAAGCUACAUGGGGCAACGAUAGGGUCCAUCAGGUGGAUGAAACAAAGCCCUCCACAUCAACCUCUCCCUCCACCCGUGUAGACAUGCCUGACCUGUUUCCACGGGUAGUAGUGGCCAACCCAAAGCCCCACAAGCUAUACGGCAGCCUGGGGCACAACCUGUCCUGCUACCCCUUGGCCGCUGAGCCUGCCUACUUGGACCCAGCCCAUAUGGGCUCCUACCCCUACAAGCAAAAGCUCAAGUACUCGGACUCCACUCGAUUGCCCUCUUACAGAGAAGCCAUCCUGCAGAAUGCCGCUGCCCUGCGCCGCUCCUCCUCCACAGUGGUGCACAGACACUACUCCACCUAUCUGAACUCAUACACAGACUUACCAGUGUAUGUUGGGCCACUGGCCCAGGGACCGUCCCAGUUUUACGGUGGUUCCAAGGACAUGUGCCACUUGUUUCCCUGUACAAGCCACUGCCCAGAUAACGCAGCAAUGCUGCCUCGUAUGAGUGACAGGCAGGUGGUUUACCACAACAAUAUGUUCGGGCCCUACGAAAGCACAGGAAAGAGGGAAGACCCAGGCCCCGGGAACAGAGAGAGGAGGCAGGUGUUGGUGGCGCGCAGAGUCAAUAGUCCCUAUGUGCCAAAGCCCUGGGGCAGAGUAUCCAGCCUGGAGUCUGAGGUCUGAGUCCCCAUCCUUACUAGAACUCAACUAGGCUCUCAAACUGAGCCCCUCUGAGGAGGGGCAUGCCUGGGAGUUCUCCCCCCAGCCUCUGGAUAAAGCAAAAAUUUUACUCUACACCAACAGUGUACUUGAGAGUGCUGACUCUCAAUUAUCAGUGCAAUAAUAUCGUGGGUAGCGACAUGUGAAGGAGAACACACUGACAAGCAAAUUACUGCUGGGACUCUGGAAGCCAAGCGUAAAAUACUAAUAAAAGA